AUGAUUUCGCAAUCUAGAGCAUCCUCAUAUACCCGUCCAUUACUAGCCAUUAUACUCAUUCUUGGUACAUAUUUGUUAGUUUCCAAAUCCAAGUCUGCAACAACCCACAAUGGGAAUAACGAAUUAGCCAGUCCCGUAGAUGAUCUUCAAUCUCACAAACUAGAUCAUAAACACCCUUCAAAGAUCAAUUACUUUGACAAGUCAAUGAACAAUCAACAAGUGUUUCGUGAGGUAGAUGCUAGUUUUCUUUCUGAUAUGGAUAAACACGUUAAGAAAUGUCCUGAUUACGUCACUUAUUCGCAACGUCGUCACCCACCUUUUUCGCUGGGUCCGCAACGGUACCCAUAUAUGCGUCCCGCACCAAAAUGUCGGACGUUCGUGCUGAGUGCCGUCGAAAGCGUGAUUGAAGAUUUAAAGCACAAGAUUUCAGAUCCAGAUUUGGUAAGAUUGGUUGAGAAUUGUUUGCCCAACACGUUGGAUACAACAAUAUUGUGGCAUAGGAGAGAGCAGCAAGGAGACGAAAACUCGCAUAAACAGCAAAAACAGAACCAAAAACAGACACAGAAACAGAAACAGAAAAGAGAUAGAAAUUCCCUCACGUUUCCACAAUCUUUUGUAGUUACCGGUGAUAUACACGCUGAAUGGCUAAGGGAUGCGGCGAGACAACUAAGCGUAUACCAACCAUUUAUUAAAUAUGAUCAAGAUCUAAAAGAAUUGAUCCUUGGUGCUAUCAACACACAGGCUUACUUUGUCAACAAUUCACCAUAUUGUAACGCAUUCCACCCACCACCAGGUGCCAAUGUGAAACGUGGCGAUACUGCAUUUGAUAGUGUUCAGCCCAGACCCGAUUGGAGACAGGUGUUUGAAUGCAAAUAUGAAAUUGAUUCUUUAGCCUCCUUUCUCACUUUAACAAAUGAGUAUUAUGAACAUUCAGGUGGUGAUUUGUCAUUUUUGAAUGAUGCUUGGAUCAGGGCUUAUGAAAAGUUGAUUAUUGUAUUAAGAAGGGAAAAUGAACCUAGCUUUGACGAAAAAACGGGACAAGUAUUGCCCUUUUAUUAUUCUUUCCAAAGACAAACUAAUAUUGGCUCAGAAACAUUGCCGUUGGGUGGAGUUGGCAAUCCAGUCAAUUUUGGCACGGGACUAAUAAGAAGUGCGUUUAGACCAAGUGAUGAUGCAACAAUCUUGCAAUUUUUCAUCCCCGGCAACAUACAUAUGUUGACAGAGUUGAAGCGCACUAGAGAUAAUAUCUUGAAUAAGCGCAGCCAAGAAAUAUUGGUACCGGAUUUGAAAGUAGCUAUCGAGGUGCUUGGUGAAAAGACCGAUGAAUUUAUUGAUCAACUCAGUCGAGGAAUUGAACAAUUUGGGAUUGUUGAGCAUCCCAGGUACGGCAAAGUAUAUGCUUACGAAGUUGAUGGGUAUGGCAGUGCUACAUUUAUGGAUGACGCAAACAUCCCAUCACUCUUGGCAAUACCUGAUAUGGGUUACUCCUCAAUUAAUGACCCAGUUUAUCAAAACACGCGAAAAAUGAUACUUGAAAAGCAAGGCAAUCCAUAUUACUUGAAAGGGUUAUAUUUUGAAGGUAUUGGUGGUCCCCAUAUUGGAAUCAAAAAUGCAUGGCCCAUGUCGUUGCUUGUUAGGAUAAGAACUACUAAUGAUGAUGACGAAAUUAUAAAGAGUCUCAAGUUGGUAAUGAACAAUACUGCAGGAUUGGGACUUAUGCAUGAAAGUGUCAACGUGAAUUCAGUCGAUGGCGAUGACUUCACGAGAUCGUGGUUUGCUUGGUGUAAUUCGGAAUUUGGAAAAACGAUAUUACAUUUGGCGAGGGAGAAACCACAUUUGAUAUUCAAAGAAGAGUGGAAAAAUAUGCCAUAUAACAUUGAUGAAGUAUUAAGUAAAGCCAACUAA